CCCCUUCCGGCGGCAGCUGGGAGGCACGUGGGCUCGCGCGGGCGGCGCGGGGCGAGGGUUGGAGCGCGAGCCCCUCGGUAACGGCUUCCCCGUCCGUCGCCAUGGAGAGCGAGAGGGCGGCGGCGGCGGGCGAGGGCGGCUUCACCAGCGUCGUGUCUAAGCGGAGCCGGCGGAAGCGGCGAGCGGCCGCGGAGGAGCCGCCGGCGGGGGCCGCCAUGGACACGGCGGAGCCGCGGCCCGGCAAGAGGCCGGCCUUCCCGCCGGUGGCCGCCGAGGCGCUGGGGGUUGGCAAAGGCGAGAUGAGGAAGGUGGCCGUGCCGGCCAACAGGUACACGCCGUUAAAAGAGAACUGGAUGAAAAUAUUCACGCCUGUCGUGGAGCACUUGCAGCUUCAAAUCAGGUUUAAUUUGAAAACGAGAAACGUUGAAAUCAAGACUUGUCAAGAGACAAAGGAUCUCAGUGCUCUGACGAAAGCAGCUGAUUUUGUGAAAGCAUUUAUACUUGGGUUUCAAGUAGAGGAUGCUCUCGCUCUCAUCAGGUUAGAUGAUCUCUUUCUAGAAUCAUUUGAAGUUACAGAUGUCAAACCUUUGAAAGGAGAUCAUCUGUCAAGAGCAAUAGGGAGAAUAGCAGGGAAAGGUGGAAAAACUAAAUUCACUAUAGAAAACGUAACCAGGACACGAAUCGUUCUUGCUGAUGCGAAAAUUCAUAUUUUGGGAUCUUUUCAGAACAUUAAAAUGGCACGAACAGCAAUUUGCAAUCUAAUUUUAGGAAGUCCUCCAUCAAAAGUUUAUGGCAAUAUUCGGGCAGUGGCCAGCAGAGCAGCUGAAAGAUUCUGAGCUGCAGCAUGGCUGCCCCACCAAGGACUGGGGCUGGGAGUCGUGGUUUCUGUAUGCACGAGAGGCCUGGAGCUACACAAGCAUGCACUCGGUCUUCUGCUGAAAACCCAGACUGUUUCUGCAGUCUUAAUUUCAAGUCAGACAGCAUGUCUGAUUUGAACACACUUCGUAUUUCUGUAUAGUCAUUAAAAGUUACUUUAAAUUG